AGCGGUUGCCCUCAGAGACUGUGGCGGGCCCGCUCGGGGCGGGGGCUCAGAGCGCCAGAGAUGGCUGCUGAGAAAGGGAUGCCCAGCUCCGCUCUGCGCGUUCUGGAAGAAGCUCUGGGCAUGGGUUUGACGGCAGCCGGGGACGCGGCGGAUGCGGUGGCAGCCGAGGGCGCCUACUACCUGGAACAGGUCACUGUCACUGAAGCAUCUGAAGAGGAUUAUGACUACGAAGAGAUACCAGAUGACAAUUUUAGCAUUCCAGAAGGUGAAGAAGAUCUGGCAAAAGCAAUUCAGAUAGCCCAAGAACAAGUUACAGAUACUCAAAUUUUGGAACAGAAGACAGUUCUUCCUUCAAAGCAUGCAGUACCUGAAGUAAUAGAAGACUUUCUCUGCAAUUUCCUGAUCAAAAUGGGAAUGACCAGAACUCUUAAUUGCUUUCAGUCUGAAUGGUACGAAUUAAUACAGAAGGGAGUAACUGAGCCUAGAGCUGUUGGGAAUGUUCCAGAUGUCUACACCCAGAUUAUGCUUUUAGAAAAUGAGAACAAAAAUUUAAAGAAAGACUUGAAGCACUACAAGCAGGCAGCUGAGUAUGUUAUUUUUUAAGUGACUUUUUUUUUACUUUUGGACUAAAAAAAGAGUUCAGUGAGGCUGAUAUGUGUAAUGUAUGAGAGGCUUAAUUUUGGAAAAUUAAAUUAUAUUUAAGUUCUAGUCAUAAAGAAUUUGAAAGGCUUCAAUAGCAAAUUAAUUAAACAGAUGACCAGAACUCUCACAACUACAACUCACCAAUAAGAGUAGAAUGCAGGAGGAUGGGUAGAAGAUUGUUAAUUUGUUAUAUAACAGUCACUUCCUUAUGUAUUUAAUAAUCUUUUCAUGGUUUAUGAAAUUUUCACCUUGGAAGAUAAGCUAAUAUCUGAAAUAAUAAUAAAGUUAUAGAAAGCAGAGAGGAAGAGUUAGUUUAUUCCUAGUAGAGGAAUUUUAGUAUUGAAAAAUUCCCCAAAAGGAAUAUACACUAUGGAUGUUGGGUGAUAAUGUGAUGUAGGUUUAUCUGUUGUCAAAAAUGUAAUACUCUGAUGGGGGAUUCUGAUAAUGGGAAAGGAUAGGCAUAUGUAGGGUUAGGAAGUAUAUGGGCCAUAUCUAUACCUUCUGAUCGAUUUUGCUGUGAACCUAAAAUUGCUCUAAAAGUAAAGU